AUGUAUGCUAUAAAUCAGCGCUGUAUUUACAUAUCUUUUCAUUUCUUCGUGCUGUGGUGUCAUGCGCAGGGGGAGAAUCACCCGUCUCCUAAUUUUAACCAGUAUGUGAGGGAGCAGGGCGCAGUGACGGACCAGCUCAGCCGACGACAAGUCAGGGUCUACCAGCUAUACAGCAGGACCAGCGGCAAGCACGUCCAGAUUCAAGGCAAGAAGGUCACCGCUACUGCAGAAGAUGGCAACGUUUUCGCGAGGCUCUUUGUAGAGACGGACACAUUUGGCAGUCGAGUGCGGAUUCGAGGGGCAGAGACUGGACGCUACCUCUGUAUGAACCGGAAGGGGAAGUUGGUUGGAAAGCCCAACGGGAGAAGCAGAGACUGUAUCUUCACAGAGAUAGUCCUGGAGAACAACUACACGGCCUUCCAAAAUGCCAAAUACGAGGGCUGGUACGUGGCCUUCACCAGGAAAGGAAGGCCCAUCAAAGCCUCAAAAACCAGGCAGAAUCAGAGAGAGGUCCAUUUCAUCAAGAGGCUCCACAAAGGCCCACUGCCCUUCCCCAACACAGACAGACCCCGACACUUUGAGUUCAUCAGUUUUCCACCAACACGCCGAGCCAAACGCAACAGGAAGGCACGGACUUCUCCUUAA